AGCACGGAGUUCGGAGCGACCCGGAGCGCUGCGGAUACAAAGGCGCCGGGCCGAGCCGGGCGCCCGCGGAGCCCACCCGGCAGUUCGCAGCGGCGGGAGCGUCGCUUGAUUUUCUCUGAGACAAGCCCACCUGUCCAGCAAAAUAGAGUCCCUCAGGGUGACGGUUGAUUUCCUGAGGGUGCCUCUUGGCCUGAAGAAGCCGGCGCUGAAGGAGGUGGCUGUGGGGCCCCCCAAGAGGCCCCAGCCUGCGGCCCUGGAGCGCUACAAGGCGCGGCGUUCAGACGCCAUGGACACCGAGUCCCAGUACUCGGGCUAUUCCUACAAGUCGGGCCACUCCCGCAGCUCCCGCAAACACAGGGACCGCCGGGACCGACACCGCUCUAAGAGCCGAGAUGGGAGCCGUGGGGACAAGUCGGUGACAAUCCAGGCUCCAGGGGAGCCCCUGCUGGACAAUGAGUCCACGCGGGGGGACGAGCGGGAUGACAACUGGGGGGAAACGACGACGGUAGUAACUGGCACCUCGGAGCACAGCAUCUCCCACGAUGACCUCACGCGCAUCGCCAAGGACAUGGAGGACAGCGUCCCGCUGGACUGCUCCCGCCACCUGGGCGUGGCGGCGGGGGCCACUCUGGCGCUGCUGUCUUUCCUCACGCCACUGGCCUUCCUGCUGCUGCCCCCUCUGCUGUGGCGGGAGGAGCUGGAGCCGUGCGGGACGGCCUGCGAGGGCCUCUUCAUCUCCGUGGCCUUCAAGCUGCUCAUCCUGCUGCUGGGCAGCUGGGCUCUGUUCUUCCGCCGGCCCAAGGCCUCGCUGCCCCGCGUCUUCGUGCUGCGCGCCCUGCUCAUGGUGCUGGUCUUCCUGCUCGUCGUCUCCUACUGGCUCUUCUACGGCGUGCGCAUCCUGGACGCCCGCGAGCGCAGCUACCAGGGCGUGGUGCAGUUCGCAGUGUCGCUGGUGGACGCCCUCCUCUUCGUGCACUACCUGGCAGUGGUCCUGCUGGAGCUGCGCCAGCUCCAGCCUCAGUUCACGCUCAAGGUCGUGCGCUCCACCGACGGGGCAAGCCGCUUCUACAACGUCGGCCAUCUCAGCAUCCAGCGCGUGGCAGUGUGGAUCCUGGAGAAGUAUUACCAUGACUUCCCUGUCUACAACCCUGCCCUCCUCAACCUGCCCAAGUCCGUCCUGGCCAAGAAAGUGUCUGGCUUCAAGGUGUAUUCCCUCGGAGAGGAAAACAGCACCAAUAACUCCACGGGCCAGUCUCGGGCUGUGAUUGCAGCAGCUGCCAGGAGGCGGGACAAUAGCCACAACGAGUACUACUAUGAGGAGGCCGAGCAUGAGCGGAGGGUGCGCAAGAGGAGGGCCAGACUUGUGGUGGCAGUGGAGGAGGCCUUUACUCACAUUAAGCGGCUGCAGGAAGAGGAGCAGAAGAAUCCCAGAGAGGUGAUGGACCCCCGGGAGGCAGCCCAGGCCAUCUUCGCAUCCAUGGCCCGUGCCAUGCAGAAGUACCUUCGGACCACCAAGCAGCAGCCUUACCACACCAUGGAGAGCAUCUUGCAGCACCUUGAAUUCUGCAUCACACACGACAUGACACCCAAGGCCUUCCUGGAGCGCUACCUGGCGGCCGGACCCACCAUCCAGUACCACAAGGAACGCUGGCUGGCCAAACAGUGGACACUGGUGAGCGAGGAACCGGUGACCAACGGGCUCAAGGAUGGCAUCGUUUUCCUCUUAAAACGCCAGGACUUCAGCCUGGUGGUCAGCACCAAGAAGGUCCCAUUCUUCAAACUCUCCGAGGAAUUUGUGGAUCCCAAGUCGCACAAGUUUGUCAUGAGGCUGCAGUCUGAGACCUCAGUGUGACUGUGCAACAGCAGGGGGAUGGGAGACCCUGGGGGCUCCUGAGGGGGUGGGAGGGGCACGGUUCUCAGGCCCAGCCACGUUCCUACCACCCUUCUUCCUCUUGCUCUUGGUUUUUUUUUACUUGAAUUUCACUUACCCCCUGGUCCCCGCCCCGUCCUGUCUCCUCCCCUCGUCCUUAUUUUACCCGGUGUGAACCUAUAGAGACCAUCCUGCUGUCAACAGUACCUGGGA